UUCAUCUAGAUGUCUGACACCGAAAAGCUCUGCCUCGUUUUGAUGUGGGCGUACCACGACAGUCUUGAGCGUAUUGAACAACUAUACGAACAGCUUGACGAAGCUGAACUAAAAGCGUCUGUUGCUAGAAGGCUCUCAUUCGGCUCUUACUCGUCCGAAAUGUCUCAUGCAAGCAAUGGACGCGAUGGCUCGGAAGAACGCGAACCCUCUAUUGCUUCCAGCACUUCGUUGGAUAACUUGGAAGAACAUCAAAACUAUCGCGACGUAGCAAGUCCAAUCCCGGAGCCAACAUCAGUCCUUCAAGCUAUCCACAGCUCCACCCAGGACCGAAUCUACACUCUGCUCUUGGAGAUCGUCACCACAAUCCCAGCUGCCCAAGCCCUAGCAGAAGAGCGGCUUCUCCUUCCCAUCGAAGCAAAUGACAGGUCCGAAGCAGAAGCAGAAGCGUCAACACAAGAAAAGCAACCAACUACAUCUCUGAAACGCAAAGCGUAUGAGAUAUGCAAAAAUUGCAAUGCAGAGUACCAAGUGAACGACAAUCGCAAGGGCGAUUGUGUAUAUCAUGACGGCAACAAAGAGGUCAACCACGAUGCUGAUACCUGGGCCGACCACGAUGAGAAUGUCCACGGGCUCCCCGAAGAUUUAAUGAGUGAUUCCACAUACGAAGAGGGUUUUAUCUGGGAUUGUUGUGACGAAAGUGGCUCUGCAGAUGGCUGUGUCGUAUCGAAACAUGUGCCCAAAGAGAGUCAGGAUUCGAACAAGGCGAGAAAAAUCUUGCACCCGAUCUCGAGGAACGUUGUGCACGGUAUCGUUGAUGGUACUGCUGCGGAGGGUGCGUUCCGAGGGCCGGGUGGGAGAGCUGUGAUGUGAUCACGGUGGACACAAACAUAUGUGUAAUCUAGGCUUUAGGAGCCGCUCCCCAUGACUACUUAACGUUCAAAUGUGUAUUGAUAUAGAGACGGCACAAUUCUUCAAGCACAA